AUGUUGUUACUAACGAGCAUCUUGAUUGCUGUUCUCUUGGCUAUUGUUGUUACUUAUUUUUUACAUACUCGAAAGACCUAUGAGUUUUUCAAACGAUUAAAUAUUCCUGGUUCAUCACCAAUAUUUUUCUUUGGUAAUUUUUUCGAUCUUGUUAGAAACAAACGAACAUCAAUUUCCAUUAAACAAUAUACAGAAAAAUAUGGUCGUAUAUUUGGUUAUUUCGAAGGACAUACACCAAUUUUAGUUGUAUCCGAUCCAGAUGUAAUACAAGAUAUAUUUAUUAAAUCAUUUUCAAAUUUUCAUUCUCAUCGUGCUUUCCCACUCGAUGAACAACAUAGUAAACAAGUACAUUUGUUUUAUGCUAUUGGUCUUCGUUGGAAACGCCAAAGACUUAUUAUCAAUCCAAUAUUUUCAUCGACUAAACUCAAACAAAUGUCACCAAUGAUUCAUCGAUGUAUUAAUAUGUUUAUGAAAAAAAUUAUAGAAGAAUAUAAUAAAGGUCAAUCAUUUGAUAUCUAUCCAUAUUUUAAACGAUUUGCUAUGGAUACUUUAUGGUCAUGUGUUUUUGGAAUUGAUACAGAUAUGCAAAAUAAUAUCAAUGAUCCAUCUUUGAUUUUUUCACAAUGUUAUUUCGAAGAACAAAAUUCUGCUAAAGUCUUAGUACUUUUAUCUCUAUUUAUCAAAGAAUUAAAUUAUGUUUGGAUAAAAUUGCGACAUAUUAACAGUUUCAUACGUUAUUGGCUUAGACGUAUUUUUCCAUUCACAAAUAAUUAUAUUCAAGAAGAACCAUACACAUGGAUCAUACGAGAAGCAUACAAAAUUAUCGAUGAACAUCAACAAAAUAAUCUAACAAAUCGAGCAGAUGUAAUCAAAUUAAUGCUUGAAUCAGUAUCAAACGAGGAUUUUAUUCAAGAUGAUCAACCGUCAACUAUGAAAAAAGAACAAAAAGAUGAUGUGGUUGCUGGUUAUGAAACGACGAGUACAGCACUCAGUUAUAUUUCUUAUAUUCUUGCUACUCAUCCCAAUGAACAAGUAAAAUUACAAGAAAAUAUCGAUGCUUACUUUAAUCCUGAGACUGAUGAAGAUGAUAUACUAUCGUACGAUGCUAUAUCUCAAAUCGAGUAUCUAGAUAUGUUUAUUCGAGAAACACUUCGCAUGUAUCCGAUUGCACCAGUAGUAAUCAAUCGUCAAAGUACAGAAGAGCUUAAUAUAAAAAAUAUUGGUACGAUUCCAGUAGGUACAUGUGUUGCUGUUGAUAUGUAUGGUUUACAUUUUGAUCCUGAUUUAUGGGGUCCUGUUGAUCCACAUAUACAGGGUGUUACAUAA